UCUUCAAACCCCCUGAGCUGCCUGCUUAGACAGCAGUUUAGAACAAGUGCUCGUAAACCUCGACUCCAAACUCGACUGGGAUGCACUGCAUUGCUCAAGCUCCUGUAAAUAAGAGCCGUUUGUUUUCUGGUUAGGUAGCUUGUUUGAUUGUGAAACACGAGUCAUAACGAGGAAGCGCGUCGCUCCCUGAGGUCUGGGCACAUGAAGACAGGCUGCGAUGAGUGAAGAUGCCUCCGCCGCACAGAGUAUUCGCGCUGCCCAGACAACAGUCCCUGCUGCUGCCCGCGGUCAUCAACCCGUUCGUGCACGACCUGAGCUUAAGCACAGCCGACAUAACCAAAUGUUUUCUUCUAGGAAUUAUCCUUGUGCCGCUCCGUGCCAUUUUCUUGCUUCUAGUUCUCAUGGUCAUGUGGCCUGUUUCUGUCAUAAUAACAUUCGGACAGUCUCUGAAAGGAGUGGUGGAGCCCAUGACUGGCUGGAGAAGGUUUCUGCACAGAAGAGUGAUGACCUUUCUUGGCCGAAUGUAUUUCUUUGGGAUGGGCUUCAAGGUAGUGGUGAAGGGGAAGAAGGCCAGCACUUUAGAGGCCCCCAUUCUAGCUGUGGCCCCCCACUCUUCGUUCUUUGAUGCCAUCGCCUGUAUUGAAUCCGGUCUGCCUUCUACCGUAUCCCGCAUAGAGUCUCUAGAAGCACCAAUCUUUGGCAGGUUUUUGCGUUGUGUGCAACCUGUGCUGGUAUCACGCACUGAUCCAGACUCUCGUAGAAACACUAUCAUUGAGAUUGAAAGGAGAGCCAAGUCAGCAGGACACUGGCCACAGGUGCUCAUCUUUCCUGAAGGAACAUGUACAAACAGAUCAUGUCUUAUUACCUUCAAGCAAGGUGGCUUUGUCCCUGGGGUCCCAGUGCAGCCUGUUCUUAUCAGAUACCCAAAUAAGCUGGAUACAGUCACAUGGACAUGGCAAGGCCCAAAAUCGGCCAGACUACUGCUGCUCACACUCUGCCAGCUCUGUACUACAGUGGAGGUUGAGUUUUUGCCCCCUCAAGUACCUACAGAAAUGGAGAAGAAGUGUCCUUUGAAGUUUGCUCAGUCAGUGAGAGCUGUCAUGGCUAAAUCUCUGAAGCUGCCAGUCACAGACCACACUUAUGAAGACUGCCGUUUGAUGAUUGCUGCUGGAGAACUGACUCUGCCUAUGGAAGCUGGACUAGUGGAGUUUACCAAGAUCAGCAGAAAAUUGGAAUUAAAAUGGGACAAUGUGAAGAAGGAGUUGGAGAGUUUUGCCAACAUAGCUUGUUCUUGCAAAGGCGGGAGGAUCACCGUUGAGGAAUUCGCCAGCUUCCUCAAAUUACCCAUCAGCCCAGCUCUACAGCAGCUCUUCGCUCUGUUUGACAGGAAUGGGGAUGGCACUAUUGAUUUCAGAGAGUAUGUCAUUGGUGUCACGGUUCUGUGCCGACCAGCUAAUAAUGAGGAAGUUAUUCAGACUGCUUUUAAGUUGUUUGACAUCGAUGAGGACAACUGUAUCACACAAGAGGAGUUCAGUAGUUUGCUACGUUCAGCUCUUGGAGUGUGUGAUCUCGACGUCCACAGCCUCUUCAGAGAAAUUGAUGCAGAUGGAUCAGGACACAUAACUUAUGAUGAGUUUCGUUCCUUCGCUCUCAAUCAUCCCGAAUAUGCAAAGCUCUUCACCACCUACAUCGAGCUCCAGCGUUACCAGGGUCUACAGGGGGACGAGACUGACUUCGACAGUGCUUUUUCUCACUGCUGUACUGCUGCUUAUGAUGAGUAUCAGGAGGACAGUGCCUCUGAUAAGAAAGAUGACUGACUCAGAUGAAGGAGAUUGAGCAUGCAGACAUAAGGUUUGUGUGAUCAUGCCCUCUGCAGCAGGAGGUCCUGGCCUUAAAGUUCUUCUCAGCGAGAGCACAUAUAAACCAUGCAUUAUCCUUGCUAACCGCUGGAUGAAUUCAUGCUAAUGUACUCAACUCUGCUCUCUCGGGCAGGACAAGCAGAGCACACAAUGUAAUUUCACGGAUAUCAUCACCACACCUGCUCUUGAUUUUUUGCGUGACUAAAGAUACAUUGUUCAGAAAAAAGAUGAUGUAUUACUUCACCCUGUGGUGUUUCUUUUUAGGAAUGAGCAAAAAAGUUCUGUCAUGUCAGUUAAAUAUUGUUCAGUAACAAUAAAUUCAUUCAUUCAUUUUC